GCUGCACCCACUGGAGGUAAAGAGAGCAAAGCACAACCUCUAUCAGCAGGGGAGAAACACACACACUUGCACACAGAUACAGAGAUUAGUGCAGGACUGCCAUACACACAACAAUCUUCCUGGGAUAUGAACCCUCUCGUCGUCACCUGUCUCUUCUGCUUCGUCUCCGGUGCUUUUGGAGCCCAGGGUUCUGAGGCCACGUUCUCCGGUGAACUAGCUGGAGCGACCGGGGGUCCGGCCUCCGGGGAGGGCCUCCAGAGUUCGCUGGGCGAUGAUGACGAGCUGGAAGUAGAUGAAGAUGUUUUAGGAGGAGUCACCGAAAAUGUCAACCUUCCUUUUUCUCCUGCUUCAGACUCACACCCCAGUAAAGAUGAGAAGAAGAAAAGGAAAGGCAAAGGCAAGAAGAACAACAAGCACAGGAGCAAAAGCACGACUCCUCUCAACCCCGAACACACGCUCUUCACUGACGGACACACGUCCACACACACCACUACGGAGGAUCCCUGCACCACCAGCCACCGAAGUUACUGCAUUUAUGGUGACUGCAAGUACAUCGAGGGCCUGCAGCAGCCUGUGUGUAUAUGUAUGAAGGGUUACGACGGGGGGCGCUGUGAGGUCCAAACUCUGGGGACAAUUAAAACCAAGGACGAUCAGAUUAACAAUACUGAGCUGGUGCAGACGGUCUUGGUGAUCAUCGCUGUGGUCCUGUCGGUCAUCAGCUGCACGGCCAUCCUGCUCAUGACCUGCGCUCACUACAGGUCACAUAAAAACUUCCUGGCAUCCUACCUGGGAACUGGGACGGAGCAGGAGAAUCUACAGAAACCCAUCAGGGAUGUGGUGUGAGGGCUUCAAGAUACACUUAGCCAGCUGCGCAACUCAAAGACGAAUCCGACCAGAAGAAGUAUAACGAAUAGACAGCUUCAUUAGAUGUUGUGUAAAGAAUAUUUUCCAGAACUUGUUAGAAUGUAAUUUAUUUAGUGUGAUUAUUUAUUGCUUAUGACUCUAUGAGUAUGUUUGUGUGUUGUACUUUUGUGAACUAUGGACUUCUAUGGAAAAUGUGUGGUUUGGUUUUAUUUAUUUACUGCUGUUAUAGGUCAGAGAAAAGCUCUCCAUCUCUCUCUGGAAAAGGGAUGGAAUUUGAUCACCAAUAAAGUGUCUCAGUGUUA